CUGCUUUAUCAUGAACGCCUUUUUAUCGCCAUUACCAGCCUCGACUCGGCCGCAACACUUGUCGCAAAAUCCUCUGGCAUACAGUCACUACAGGGUGCUCCGGUGAAGGUACCACCAGUUGGGCGGUCUGCAGGAGGCCGAUUUGCUUGGCUGCGUCGGUCUGGCGCUCGCGAGGCCAGCCUUCAGUCGUCCCCAUCGUUGGCUCUGCCGUCGUCCUCUUCACCUUCAUCCAAUCUUGCAUUUUCCGUGACUCCUCCCACUUGCAGCAAUGCAAAACACGAGCAUUCAGUAGACGCUUUCGCUAUCCCAGACACCGUUGCCUGCGAUUCGGCCACCAGCGCUGGCCGCCUCACCAAUGUUGGCGGUACCGGUGACGAUGGCAACAGCCGUGCCAGCGACGCGGUCACCAAUGGCCCUGCUAGCAAAGCGGACAGCGAGACUUCCGCGACCAGUCGUCUUUUCCAUUCCCCGUCGCUCCUUCGUCCGAAACGGCAGCAGCCAAAGCUACUGGACUCGACCGCGGCAGAUGAGCCCAAUGCACUGACGACGGGCGUGUCGCGAUGCCCGGCGACAGGAGAGCUGGUGCUGCCCACUCGGGAAGAUUGGUUGGCCUGUCUGACCGGCCUGUUGGCCACUGCUGCCGCGAUUGCGGAACGCCAUCGCCAGUUGAGACGGCAACAUCAACUGCAGCCACGUCGGCAAUUGCAUGUGAGCGAUCGAGAUGCCAAGAUUGCAGAAGACCUUCAACUGGAAACGCCAAGAUCUGUCGAUGACGUCCGCUGCUGUCGAGUGUGCACUCGAGGCUUCUUGGGCGCGGCAUCAUUGCAACCUGCGGAUUGGGUGAAUCGGCAAGCGAUUGCUUCUGCCCGAGCCCCACCACCACCGGCCGCCUCCAACACGACAACGACAACGACGACAACGACCACGACGCAUGUUGCUUCUGGUAAUAAUGUUGCCUAG